CAGUUAUUCCUAUGUGGCCGAAUGAACCGCACCUGUGUGUUUUUUAUAAAAAAAAAUAAUAUCGAAACAGUUUUGUGUCGAACAAUAGCUAACCACUAAAUGCAUUUGCAUGCGGAUUUCAUUAUGAUGAGAAAUGUACCAACGCGAAGGCGGGUCGACACACUAGUUAGUAUAAUGUGUGAGUAUUAUUGUAAAGACGAUGUAAAAACAUAGAAAAAACAAAAAGUGAGUGACAUACAAAACCAAAACUUUAAAAAAUAUUCUAUCUCUUUCUGGUUGAACGAAACGAAAAGAGAAGGAGAUUAUGUGAUAGUGGAUUUUUUUAAAUAUGUGAAAAUGGUUGGUGUAAUACAAACUAUUUGUUUAUUUAUUUUUAUUUUGGUUUCGAUUUCGGGACAAAAUAUCAGAGAGGAUGAGAAAGCUCCAGAUCUCAGCAAAAACACGCUCAUUGUAAACUGCGAUUCAAUAACCCCAUUACCAGUUAAUCGCACUAUAGAAAAUGUGAUACUGAACUGUCCCCUUCCGCAAAAAAAUAUGACUUACGCUCAAUUUCUGACUCAACACAACAUCACUUCGCUCAAAUUCUUUCAGCUAAAUAUACGACCGAGCAAAAAGAAUCUUACAAAAAGUCUGUUUCACGAUUUAAACGUGGAACAUCUAGUAAUUGAUUACAAGUUUAGGAAUGAAACCGGUAUGGAGACCCUAUUACCGAUGAACGGUGAUGUGUUGUAUUCAUUGCAAAAUGUUAAAAUUUUGGAAUUAAAUGGAAUCAUUAUAGAACCAGUUACAAAUUUAGAAAAUAACACCCACUGUCCAAAGUUGCACACUUUAAAAAUAAAAACGUCUGACUUAAGACGAGUCUCGAGCGGCUGGCUUGAACCAUGCAAGGUUCUCCAAAAAGUCGUCAUAUCGCGUCUGAGACAACGUAACGGCACCAAAGAGAUACGACGCAAAGUCUUCAGUGGAGCGAAGAGUAUUAGACAUUUGGCGAUCCAUUAUUGUUAUAUAGAGGAGUUGAAUGAUGAAAUCGCUGACCUGGUGAACCUACAGACUAUGGAUGUUUCACAUAAUCAGAUACAUUAUGCCUUAACUACCAUAGUUCUCCCGUCUCUGCUAGAGUUAGACCUAUCCCACAACCACAUAUUCAGUAGUGCGUUGCUAGCAACCGGCGUUGAAAAACAACCAAACCUUCGAUAUCUGACGUUAGAUUACAACGCCGUCCUGGACAUAUGUGAUACACUGAACUACCGGACAACGAUUGAUGAUAUUGAACCCAAAUGGCAUGAGCCCCUCUCAGGGAGGACACUGGAGUUGAGGCAGAUAAGGAGGUUCUCCCUUCGCGGAACGAUCACUACUCAGAUGUGCUUCGGAAAUAUGAUUAUGGAUUCCUUAGAGUACUUUGACUUGAGUGACAGCAAAAUUAGGUCGAUUCAUUUUUUAGCGCUGCCAAUAUCGAAGCAACGGCAUUUGGAGAUCAACGUCACAGGAUGCCCCAUAACAGACAUUCCCAGUGAGUCGUUCACUGAAGAUAAUUAUAAAAUGUUACGUUACGAUGAGCUCAGAAUAACAGGACUGAACAUAGUUCUAGACUGUUCGUGUGAUACCCACUUGUGGCUCGCUCGGGCGGCUCGUGAGAGGAAGCUGGUGCUGCAUGGAGUGCGCUGCGGCUCCGGAGUGGACCUGGCUGCCACCAGCGAAGACCAGUUCAGCUGCUCACGACACGAAUGCGGGCCCUGCCAAUGCACUACACACUGGAAGGACAACUUGACAGACAUGGUAUGCGCGAAUGACCUACAAGCCAUACCUCACUAUCCCGGGCUGCGGAAAUUGAAAGCUGCCGGCAACGCAGUGGAGAAUGUUACCGUCGAAGACUUACCCGACACUCUUAUUUUCCUAGACCUGAGUCGGAACCACGUGGCUCGUAUGUCAGCGGAAGCGGCAGCUGCGCUUUUCACGGUCAAGGAGCGCCACGUUCGAUUCCUGGGCAACCCCAUCAUAUGCGACUGCGAGAACAAACCCUUCAUACAGGAGCUGAUGGACCACUUCGACCAGGUGGACGACUACACCAGCUUGACCUGCAUAGACGACGGCAGGUGGAUCAAGGAAGUGAACCCAGAAAACUUGUGUCUCGCCAGCAAUCGCGUGUUCAUGACCGGGCUUCUAGCGGGUCUCGGGGUGCUGGUCGGACUCACAGCGUUGCUAGCCGGCGGGUAUUACCGGUAUGGACAGCAAGCCAAGGUAUACCUCUACUCCAGAGGUUUUUGCCUCUUCUGCAUCCGAGAGGACGAAGUCGACGCCGACCGGAAUUACGAUGCCUUCCUCUCUUUCUCCCACAAAGACGAGGACUUCAUAACCGAACAUCUUCUGCCGACCCUUGAAUCAGAACCUUAUGGCUACAAAAUCUGUGUCCACUACCGGAACUGGGUCGCUGGAGAACUAAUCCCGACCCAAAUCAACAAAUCCGUCGAACAGUCCAAGAGAACCAUCAUAGUUCUGUCGAAAAAUUUCAUGGAAUCCGUCUGGGGCUUGUUGGAAUUUCGCACAGCACACCUUAGCGCGCUUAAAGAGGGUAGAUCUCGCGUGAUCAUUGUGAUAAUUGAUGAUAUUUUGGAAAGUGCUAAUUUGGAUGGCGAGUUGCGAAGUUAUCUGCGCACUAACACGUAUGUGAAGUGGGGCGACCAAUGGUUUUGGGAUAAGCUAAGGUAUGCCUUGCCUCACAGAAGAGAAGGAGCUCCAAGAGUGAGAAUGACAGAUAGGUCACAGACCAUAACUUUGUCCCAUCAGAAUUUGGCAGAGAGAACAGAUACGGCGUCUACUGAUUCUGCCAUUGAAAUGGAAAGGUAUGACGGGCCUUCUACGUCUAGCCUCUGAUAGCCGAGAGCCGUGAGCGAUCUCCAUUUGACCGGCCAAAUGGGCCGGUGGCGACCCUAGCCAAAUAUUUAGGUGGUGCAAGACCUGAAGAGGCACCCCUCAGUCCCUUAAAAUAAAA